GUAGACACCCCCGUAAUGUCAUCCCGUAGCAAGCAUUUAGACGUGCCGGAUCGCCGCGAUCCUCAGGAUCUCUCGGUUGUCCUUAUCGAGGAAAAAUUUCGCAAAGGCGCAGUGAUCGUGGGGUUGCGGCGACUCAUGCUCAAGGUUUGGCCGACGCAUCCCGUGAACGAGCUCAAGAAAAUGCGGGGAAAGCCACUUCCCGGGAGAUCCAUACUAGUGCUGUGCAUCUCAAGCUUCCUGGCAGGAUCGCUCUUCAUGAGCCGAACAUGGACGACUCACCCUUCUCCCAACACCGACGGGCAAAUGCCGACCGUUAGGGAUGAGGUGCCGACGCAGGAUUGCGACCACAAGCGCAAACUUGUCGAGGAACAGUCUGGAGAUAUAGUGGAGGAAGUCGCCAAGACCCACCAAGCCAUCAAGUCUCUGGACAGAACAAUGUCUAAACUGGAGACGGACUUGGCCAUGGCUCGCACAAGCCAACUCGGAGCGUCCUCAUCUAACCAUAGUCUCGCGAAGGCCUUCAUCGUCGUCGGGAUCAAUACCGCGUUCAGCAGCAAACGGAGGCGAGAUUCGCUCCGGCGAACGUGGUUGCCUAGAGGAGAGAAGCUGAAGAGGCUGGAGAAAGAGAAAGGGGUGGUGGUGAGGUUCGUGAUCGGGCACACCGCCACGCCGGGCGGGGUCCUGGACCGGGCUAUCGACGCGGAGGACGAGAGGCACCACGACUUCCUCAGGCUGGACCACGUCGAGGGCUACCACGAGCUCUCUUCCAAGACCCGCCUCUACUUCUCCACGGCCGUCUCGAUCUGGGACGCCGACUUCUACGUCAAGGUCGACGACGACGUCCACCUCAACCUGGGCACGUUGGUGAGCACGCUAGCGACGUACCGGUCCAAGCCACGGAUCUACGUCGGGUGCAUGAAGUCCGGCCCGGUUCUGUCCCUAAAGGGAGAGAAAUACCACGAGCCGGAGUUUUGGAAAUUCGGGGAAGAAGGGAACAAGUAUUUCAGGCACGCCACGGGCCAGCUCUAUGCCAUCUCCAAGGACCUUGCUUCCUAUAUUUCCACCAACUCGCCGAUAUUGCAUAGAUACGCAAACGAGGACGUUUCGGUGGGAGCCUGGUUCAUCGGCCUCGAAGUUGACCACGUUGACGAGCGGUCCAUGUGCUGUGGGACCCCUCCAGACUGCGCGCUGAAGGCGGAGGCCGGGAACGUGUGCGUGGCGGCGUUCGAUUGGUCGUGCAGCGGCGUGUGCAAAUCCGUGGAGAGGAUGAAGGAGAUUCACAGCCUGUGCGGGGAAGGGGACGGGGCUCUUUGGGAUAUUCAUCUGUGACCUCGGAAGUUUGCUUAAAUUAUGUUUAACACCCCCCACAGGAAAAAGAAGAAGAAGAAAGAAGUGCUCGGCUUAUGUAUUA